AUGGCUAAACAUUUGUCUCUCUUAAUCCUCUUAUCUCUCAUCCUCGUCUCCUCAAUUUCCAACGCAAGGGAUAGCCGAUUCUUCGACAAAGUCACGACCAAUGCCCAGCAGCCUCAGGAGCCCGAUUUUCUCCCGCAGAAAGAACGCGGCUACGGCCUCUACGCCGAACCCCAGCUUCCAACCAAAUCCGACCCCCAAAAUGUCCAGAAUUACAAUUACGAUCCAAUCAGAAACACCAACAAAAACAAUUACUACUACAACAAUGCCGGCGAUUUCGGGAUGAGCGACACCAGGUAUAUGGAUAACGGCAAGUAUUAUUACGACCUCCAAUCAGAGUCGUACAGCAGAAAUCACCCCUACAAUUCCAGGAAUAAUUACAACGGCAACGCCGACACCGGUUACGAGUUCAACGGUGGUACAAGUUCCGAUGGAGGAUACAAGGACGAAUUCGAGUUUCAGGAUAACAAUCUGCAAUGA